UCUGUGUGUCUUAUCACAUAGUUAGGACCCAGCUCUAUGGUCUCCUCACCAGCGGGAUGCAUUUCAUCACCAAGUUGUGAUGAACAUACACUUCAGUUACUUGUGAACCGCAACAUGCCCUGCAACACUCCCACAACACUUGAGGGUGGGUGUUGUCAUCUGCAGGCUGUCAGCAAUUCAUUGUGGCCUAAGACUUUGGACAAGAUGGAGUGUGAACCAGAACACUCCCUGCCAGGCCUCCAACACUCGAGGGUGGGUGUUGUCAUCUGCGGGCUGUCAGCAAUUCAUUGUGGCCUGUGACUUUGGACAAGAUGGAGUGUGAACCGCAACUCUCCCUGCCAGGCCUCCAACACUCGAGGGCUGUCAGCAAUUCAUUGUGGCCUGUGACUUUGGACCAGAUGGAGUGUGAACCGCAACACUCCCUGCCAGACCUCCAACACUUGAGGUGUAAAAUCCCAUUGCAGUCAUUGAUGUGCUCUUAUGACCUGCCAUCGGGUGCGAUGUGGAUGACCUCCAAUCAUCUGUCAACAACGCUAGGAGUAAACAACACCAUGCCCAAUGCUGUUUGUGUUCUACAUUUGAUGUUUGCUUGAGGAGUAAUGAACAAAUUCUAGUGUUCCAAUAGCAAUAUGACCUGCCAUCAAGUGUGAUGUGGAUGACAUGUAGUCAUCCACCAGCAGUGCCAUGCCCAAUGCUCUUUGUGUUCUACAUUGGUGUUUGCUUGGAGACUAAUGAAGAUGUUUUAGUGUUCCAAUACUGAUUACUAACUAAUACCAACUUGGUUUAUUUUAUCUAAUAAACAACAUUACAUAGGUUAAGGAACAAAUGUCACAAGUGUCAAACGAAUAUAGAUUCCAAGUUAUACUUCAAAGAUUUGACCAGGAUCUAUCUUAUAGCUCUGUCUCAAAUGACAUCAUUUCCUACGGACCAGCCACAUGCAUCGGCACUUUUCCGUCAUGACCAUGGGUUAUGUCGUAUUUUGCACACAUUUUGAGCAACAAGUGGGCGUGCUGUGUUUGAAACAUUUUCUACAAUGUACAAAGCAUGCUUGGGUACAUAGAAUACGCAGAUGCAGUUCUCCAACAGAGAUGGCCAUUUUUGAGAGAGACCUAUUAUGCUUAUUCAAAAGCAGAAUUUUGGUUGUACAAGAUCACAGAUUGCACUUGCCAGCCUGCAUAAUAGCCCUGCAUUAGUAAGCAGAAAUGUGUCAGUUUGAGUGUCAAACAAGCAAUGUUUUCUUUCCCGACAAGAUUUGGAAGAGAAUCAAGCAUACAGUACUUGGAAGUUAUUUUAUUCAAAUUAGAAUCACAUAUACUCAUUUUAAUUUGUGUUGAUGCUUAGCCAUAAACCAUUGUUAUAAACACUGGUGAAGUCAACCUUCUGUCUUGGCAUUGCAGAAAAUGAAAUUACAAUGUGAAGUCAUGUAAAUAGUUUGUGGAUUUAUUUCUACAAUCGUAUUGAAUACUCGGCUUUUCACUUUAUGCAUGAUACACAGUGACUUACAAAAAUGGUAGGCAGUACAAAAUAAUUACUUUGUUAAAGAGGAAACAUUGACUUGAAUGUUUAUUUUUAUUUUUCACAAAGAUUUGUUUUUAAAUAACACAAAAACAUAUCAAGUACAAUUUUCUAUUGUAGUCUCUGCCAAUUAAUUAUGUACAUGUAAUAUGCAACUUUUACAUAUGCAUGAAUUGAAACGUGAGGACUUCAGCUUUACUGCAGCACAAUGCAUGCACCCUACACAAAUACAUUGUACAUGCAUAUGAGUAUCUCAAAGUUGAAACUAUGUCUGGGCUUGUUUCUAUCUGUAAUAAAAAUGAUUGUAAUUUACAUGACAAAUAUGCUGAUUUUAAGAUGCUUUUCUAAUUGUGUAACUACAAUUUCUAUGGCUUAUAUCAUAACUUAGUCAUUUAUCAUUUAGCAAAACACAAUUGAUUGUAUUUCUGGACUCGACUAUGAAAAAUAAAUACCAAUACUUCAACUGGAAUCACAA